GUCUGCGGGCAGUGGGCGGAGCGACGGGAAGCGGUGGGCGGGGCCAGCGCGAUCGACCGUGAAGACGGAGUGCGGGCGGAGGACGGGAGCGGCGGGCGGUGAGGAUCGUUGCGCUGAUAAAAUCAAAGCCAGCGGGACAGGUAGUGAGACUGCUUAUGUAGACUAAAGAAUUUGCUGAAGGUCACAUACCCUGAGGCCACGCUGGAUCUCGUGACUCCCAGUCUGGUGCUUUAAUCGCAGUGCUCCUGCUUUACAUGCUAAGCAAAAUUGCUGACUUCAGAGAUAGAAGAAAGCUCCUGGCUUUUUAUUCCUGCUGGCUCCAGAGAGUGUAAGUAGACCUUCACCGCUUCGCUGAAAAUGUCUGGCAAAAUGGCUAGCACAACCAACAACAUAGCCCAGGCCCGGAGGACUGUCCAGCAGUUAAGAAUAGAAGCCUCGAUAGAAAGAAUUAAGGUGUCAAAAGCAUCAGCAGACCUAAUGCUCUACUGUGAAGAACAUGCCAAGAAAGAUCCAUUGCUAGUGGGCAUACCUGCUUCUGAGAACCCUUUCAAGGACAAGAAGACCUGCAUUUUAUUAUAGGAGACCGACAGCUCCUCCACAGCCCUCCUGGGCAAAGCCAGCCAUAGGCAGGCAUGUAGACGAGUAUUCUGUAAGGUACCAGCUAUUCACCGUGUAAGAGCAGCUGUUCUUUUACCAAGUGUAUAAACAAUUUCUUCAGCUUUCUAAAGCAUUUCUUCUGUUCCCUAUCUUUAUUAGGAAGCAAGGUUUCAAACUGAAUUAACUUCUUUCUUGUCCAAGGCAAUGAGGUCUCUGUCAAGCUGGCAAGUACCAUGCCGGCAUCCCUGCAGUGGGACGGGCAAGGUGAGCUGGGAGUCUUGUCCUCUGCAGGAGUGGGUCUCGGUUGCACUUUUCAAGUUACAUAAACAAGACCAAAGUUGCCUGAGCUUCGCUGACAGAGAAGGAGCAAAGGUGUAGAAACCUGAUUAACCAUCCUUGGGUUUACAUUUCUUUUUAACAUGGUAUGUGUGGGGUGGGGGGUGUACCUGUGUGGGCAGCGUAUGUGCCUAUGUCUGUGCACAGACACAUUUAGAAGUGCAUUACUUAGCAAAAGCUACCUUGAAAAACGAUUGUAGCACCUGCUGGUGAACUCCGGGGAGCCAUGCCUGCAGGUUGGCUUCUCUUGACAGAGGUUUUUAAGUGUAAAACAACAAGUGUCAAGAAUCAGAGAUCUGCAGGUUUAUUUUCCUACUUUUUAAGAGGAGUUGAAAAAGCAGAAUUUUCAGCUUUGAUUCUGCUUCUCUGCAUUUUCUUCUCUAAUUAAACAUCCGUGUUAGUAUUAAAAGGAACCCUGUCAGAGAAAUCAAAGGCUGCAAGCUGACACUGCCUGAGCUUUGUGCUGAGCUGGAGGCAUGGGUCCAUCACUCGAAGUCCCAGCUGUAUUUUGUGCAAGGAGUCAGAAUUUGACUCUCUUUUAAAGUCAUUUUUGAAGGGGAAAAUUGCCAAAUUAUAUCCAGAUUGUGGUUAUGCAGAUAUAACGGGAGGGCUUUUCUGUCAAGUAAGUGAUUUUAUAUAUACACAAAAUAAAGAAGUCUUUCUCUGUG